CACCAUGUUCCUCACCAUCCUCCCCGUCCUCCUCCUCUACCUCCUCUACAAAUACCUCCUCCACCCCUACUUUUUCUCCCCCCUCUCCCCCAUCCCCAACGCCCAUCCCACCUCCCCCAUAACCUCCCAAUGGAUCACCAGCAAACGCAGCCACACGCAAGAAGUCCACGCCAUCUACGCCGCCCACCGCCGCUCCGGGCCCAUCAUCCGCCUCGCCCCGAAUGAACUCAGCAUCAACUCCCUCUCCGGCCUGCGCACCAUCUACACCGGCGCAUUCGAAAAACAUCCCUUCUACAGCGAUGCGUUUAUUAACUUCCAGACCCCGAAUCUCGUCGGCAUGUUAUCGAAUCAACCGCACGCGCAGCAGAAACGGAUGCUAAGUAGCGUGUAUGCGAAAUCAUAUCUGCAGAAUUCAAUGGAUAUGCGUGUGUUUUCGAGACAUAUCCUCUGGGAGCGAUUAUUUCCCAUUUUGCAGAAUCUGGUGAGAACCGGGGCGACGGUGAAUGUGCUUCCGUUGUUUCAGGCCGUCGGGAUGGAUUUUACGUCUGCGUUUUUGUUUGGAUUAGGGCAUUCCACGAGAUAUCUAUCUGAUCUUGGGGCGUGGAUGAACUGGUUAGAUGAGUAUGAGCGGUUCAAGCACCAAUCUCGCGAGAAGCGGUAUCGGGGGUUCAUUGAGAGUUGGUGUUUGGGGCUGUGUGAGAGCGUGCAGGGCCCCUCACAAACAGAGGCAGAUGUUCCGGCUACGGAAGCAGUGGUUUUUGAUCGCCUCAAGGCGGGGUUGGAGAAAUCCCCGGAUGAAAGACCCUUGGAUUUGGCGAUUGCGUCGGAGUUGUUGGAUCAUUUGGUGGCGGGGCAUGAGACGUCGGGGAUUACGUUUACGUAUAUGAUGUGGGAGAUGUCGAAGUGGCCGGAGCUGCAGGCUCGGUUGAGGGGGGAGCUGGCGUCAGUGAAGGGGUCGUUGCGCUAUGGGGGGAGGGAUGAGGAGUUGCCUCCUCUGGCGGAGAUUGAUGGACUACCUUUGUUGGAUGCUAUUGUGAGAGAGACGCUGCGGCUACAUGCCCCUGCUCCGGCACAGUUACCGAGGGUGACCCCUCCUGAGGGGACGUGGUUGCAUGGAUAUAGGAUUCCUGGGGGCGUGCAGGUGAGUUCGUCGGCGUAUUCGCUGCAUCGGAUUGAGGAGGUCUUUCCGUCGCCGGAGGAGUGGAUUCCGUCGAGGUGGUUGGAUGUGGAAGAUGGCAAGAUCCACGAUAUGAGGAAGCUGUUUUGGGCGUUUGGGAGUGGAGGGCGGAUGUGCUUGGGGAGUAACUUUGCAUUGCUGGAGAUCAAAUUGGUUAUGGCGGCGGUGUAUGCCAAUUACACGACGAAAGUGGUGGACGAUGAGGGAAUUGAGCAGAAUAUGGAGUUUAUUGCGUUGCCCCAGGGGAGGAAGCUGGUGGUGCGGUUUGUUCCGGUGGAGGGGGGUGCUUGAUGGCAAGUUGCCAGUUGGUGUAUCUACGGAAUGCAGCUGCAUGGCGGAAAAGGCUUCCGGAAUCUUCAUUCCUCUGCAGGUGAUCCUGCUCUGGAAUCAACAAGGAUGCUUAGGACCUCAAAAUUAUUAGUACCACCUGCAGCUGAUUCUCUUAGCUUAAUCUAAGAUCAAGUGACAAAUCAAU